CUGAAGUUUGGUCAGCUUUCACACUUCUCAGAAUUUAUGUUGUGAAGUUUGUUUAUUCUGAGAAGGAAGAGAGAAUAGAACGCCAUGGAUGAGAUAUUGAACAAGGUGGGGUCUUACUGGUUCUCCAAGAAGGCCAGCAAGGAAUUUAACUCUGUCGGCGAUGAUAUCAACUCACUGUCAACCAGUAUUGAAGGGGGAACCAAAUGGUUGGUCAACAAGUUAAAAGGAAAGAUGCAAAAGGCAUUAACAGAGUUGCUAAAGGAGUAUGAUCUACCCAUAGGAAUCUUUCCUCGCGAUGCGACAAACUACGAAUUUAACGAAGAGACAGGAAAGCUUGUUGUUUACAUUCCUCAAGUGUGUGAGGUUGGCUACAGGGAUUCGUCAGUUCUGCGUUUCUCCACCAGCGUGAGUGGCUAUUUGGAGAAAGGGAAGCUAGCAGAAAUAGAAGGAAUCAAGACCAAAGUGCUGAUAUGGGUAAAAGUGACUGCCAUUUCAUCCGAGGGACCAAAGCUCCAUUUCACGGCCGGCAUGAAGAAAACAAGGAAAAGGGAAGCAUAUGAGGUUACUAGAGAUGGUGUAACGGUAGAUAAGUUCUAAUAUAUUAACAAGGAGCUCCUUUUGUUAAGUAGUUUUACAAUUUAGUAAAAUAAAUUGUCCCUUCUUGUGGACCAUUUUAUUCUAUUAGAUUUGAAUGUAGUGAAACCUGAGACUUGGUGGAACUCCUCCUGAGUCCUUGUUGAUGAUGUAGUUUCAGUUUUUUUCUGCUUGGGUUUAUUAAGUUCUAUUCCUAAUGUCACAUGGCUUGUAUUAAAUACUGAAACUUAUGGGCAAGUGAUAUUGUCAUAGUAUUAUUUUAGCUCAUUAAUUGACUCUAGGAUAUUGAUUCCUCCCCUA